AAGAAAGAAAGCCCUGGAUUAGAUCUAGUUGGGGAAAGGAGACUUGGAAGUGUGUUUCUAGGUUUCCUAGAGGAGAUACUAUGUGAGGCAACACUUGGAAAGUGAAUUGGAAAAGAAUACCGGGCAGAGAAAGUAUUUGCAGAGGGCUGGAGACAAGGUAGAACAAAGCCUUUCAGCAUGAUUAGAGUCCUGGCUUUCAAGAGAGGGACUAUCAGAAGAGAGGCUAUUGAAAUUAGGUCCAAAUUUUGCAGGGCCUGGCAGGUCAUUUUAAGGAGCUUACAGGUAACCCUACAGAAGAUGGACAGGUUUGAAGGACAUGUUACAUUUGAAUCUUAGGAAGGUAACUCUGGCAGACUGUGGGAAAAGAAUUGGCCUGAGAGAGUAUAGGGCCCCUUAUAGAGGCUUCUGAAAUAACCUAGGUGAAAAAAUGCUGAAGCCUUGAAAUAAGUCAGUGGCAAUAAGAAACGGAGAUGAGGGGAAGAAUUUGAGAUGUUUGGGAACUUCUAGCACUGAACAUCACACAGCACCGCAGUCUCCUUGUUCUGUCUGCAUACGGGCACAGCUGAGCUUGGCUUUACAGCGGGACUUUUGUAUUCAACUUUGUAUCCGCAGUCACUCUUGCUGAAAGUUAGCAGUAUGAAUUUGCAAAUGAAAUACUAGGAGGAAUAUGGAGAAGACGAGAAGAAAGGAGUAUGUCUAGGAGAGUGCUGAGAGGAAGACAGUGAAAUGCAGGAAGUCCGUGAAUUGGAGUGACCGUUCCCCACCUCUUCUUUGGUCCCCAAUUCCUCGCCCUCCGGAGACUCCGGGAUCUACAACCAGCGUCCGCUUUUCCCGCCAUUCACGGAUGGCUCCGCCUCCCUAUAGCUCAUUGGCUAAGAGCUCAUCAACACCAGAUCACGCCCCCUUCGUGACUCCGGCUGUGUUUCCCUGCCUCUUCCUCCCUUACUUGGGGGCCCGCCCCCAUCUGCUAGGCCACGCCCAUGCCGGAGUCUUCCCUGGAGGCGGGCUUCCUUGGCCCCGCCCUCUCCUGGGGAGGCUCCCGCCAGGGGGCGCCGCGCAACCCGCCGCCUGCCUCCCGCCCGCGAGUCUGGCGCACACACCCCCUCCGCCCCGCAAGCCGGCAGCUCGGAGCCCGCCGGGCUGCGCCGGCUCCUGCUCCGGGAGGGGUCGGCGUCCCGGAUGGCCGCGGCAGGGUCUAGGACGCCAAGCGUGUAAGCCACCGGGCAUCAUGGAGGCAGAGCAGCGGCCGACUACGGGAGCUGGCGAACGGGCGACCCCUGGGCUGGAAGCGGCGCCUCUGGCUGCUCCGGCGCCUGUGACCGCGGCCUCGGGACCGCUGCCCGGGUCUGGGCCCGAGCCCAAGAGAAGGCAACUCGGGACGCUGCUCCAGCCCACGGUCAACAAGUUCUCCCUUCGCGUGUUCGGCAGCCACAAGGCAGUGGAAAUCGAGCAGGAGAGGGUCAAGUCAGCGGGGGCCUGGAUCAUCCACCCCUACAGCGACUUCCGGUUUUACUGGGACCUGAUCAUGCUCCUGCUGAUGGUGGGGAACCUCAUUGUGCUGCCUGUGGGCAUCACCUUCUUCAAGGAGGAGAACUCCCCACCUUGGAUCGUCUUCAAUGUCCUCUCUGACACUUUCUUCCUGUUGGAUCUGGUACUCAACUUCCGCACAGGCAUCGUGGUAGAGGAGGGUGCUGAAAUCCUGCUGGCCCCUCGCGCCAUCCGGUCUCGCUACCUGCGCACCUGGUUCCUGGUCGACCUCAUCUCCUCCAUCCCCGUGGAUUACAUCUUCCUGGUGGUGGAGCUGGAGCCACGACUGGACGCCGAGGUCUACAAAACAGCGCGGGCCCUACGCAUUGUGCGCUUCACCAAGAUCCUCAGCCUCCUGCGGCUGCUCCGCCUCUCCCGCCUCAUCCGCUACCUACACCAGUGGGAGGAGAUCUUUCACAUGACCUAUGACCUGGCGAGCGCGGUGGUUCGCAUCUUCAACCUCAUCGGGAUGAUGCUGCUGCUGUGUCACUGGGACGGCUGCCUGCAGUUCCUGGUCCCCAUGCUGCAGGACUUCCCCCCUGACUGCUGGGUCUCCAUCAACCACAUGGCGAACCACUCGUGGGGACGCCAGUACUCCCACGCCCUGUUCAAGGCCAUGAGCCACAUGCUGUGCAUUGGCUACGGGCAGCAGGCACCUGUCGGCAUGCCCGACGUCUGGCUCACCAUGCUCAGCAUGAUCGUGGGCGCCACGUGCUACGCCAUGUUCAUCGGCCAUGCCACCGCCCUCAUCCAGUCCCUGGACUCUUCCCGACGUCAGUACCAGGAGAAGUACAAGCAGGUGGAGCAGUACAUGGCCUUCCACAAGCUGCCCGCCGACACUCGGCAGCGCAUCCACGAGUACUACGAGCACCGCUACCAGGGCAAGAUGUUCGACGAAGAGAGCAUCCUGGGCGAGCUGAGCGAGCCGCUUCGGGAGGAGAUCAUUAACUUCACCUGCCGCGGCCUGGUGGCCCACAUGCCACUGUUCGCCCACGCCGACCCCAGCUUCGUCACAGCGGUGCUCACCAAGCUGCACUUUGAGGUCUUCCAGCCAGGGGACCUCGUGGUGCGCGAGGGCUCCGUGGGCAGGAAGAUGUACUUCAUACAGCACGGGCUGCUCAGCGUGCUGGCGCGCGGUGCCCGGGACACCCGCCUCACCGAUGGAUCCUACUUUGGGGAGAUCUGUCUGCUGACGCGGGGCCGGCGCACGGCCAGCGUGCGCGCCGACACCUACUGCCGCCUGUACUCGCUCAGCGUGGACCACUUCAACGCCGUGCUGGAAGAGUUCCCCAUGAUGCGCCGGGCCUUCGAGACGGUAGCCGUGGACCGGCUGCGCCGCAUCGGCAAGAAGAAUUCUGUCCUGCAGCGGAAACGCUCCGAACCAAGUCCGGGCAGCAGCGGGGACACCAUGGAGCAGCACUUGGUGCAGCACGACAGGGACAUGGCCCGGGGCGUUCGGGGCCUAGCCCCGGGCACAGGAGCUCGGCUCAGCGGAAAGCCAGUGCUGUGGGAGCCCCUGGUGCACGCGCCUCUGCAGGCGGCCGCCGUGACCUCCAGUGUGGCCAUCGCCCUGACUCACCAGCGGGGCCCUCUGCCCCUCUCCCCUGACUCUCCAGCUACCCUCCUCGCUCGCUCUGCCCGACGCUCAGCAGGCUCCCCGGCCUCCCCACUAGUGCCCGUCCGAGCCGGCCCUCUGCUGGCCCGGGGCCCGUGGGCAUCCACCUCCCGCCUGCCUGCCCCACCUGCCCGAACCCUUCAUGCCAGCCUGUCCCGGGCUGGGCGCUCCCAGGUGUCCUUGCUGGGUCCCCCCCCAGGAGGAGGUGGACGGCGACUAGGACUUCGGGGCCGUCCCCUCUCCGCCUCCCAACCCUCUCUGCCUCAACGGGCAGCUGGUGACGGCUCUCCUGGGCGUAAGGGCUCGGGAAGUGAACGCCUGUCCUCCUCAGGACUCCUGGCCAAGCUGCCAGGGACAGCUCAGUCGCCCAGGCCAUCAGCACCUGAGCCAGCUGCCCCCCGGGGCCCCCAGCUCUCUGCCAACAUGUGAAACCCUUGGGUAAGCUCUUGGGUGCGCCAGUGCGCGCCCGAGGGCAGAUGCCUCUUGGGGAAGGUCAGGGAGACCCGAAACACGGCCCUGUGGGAAUAUCUCCCCAGGAGAUGGCCUCUGUCCUCAGCUCGGGCACCCUGCAGCCUGUCUGACAUCCUCCUAAUCCACUCACCCGUUCAUCAAAUGUACGGAGCGCCUACCACAUUCAAGACACUGUGCCAGGCGCUACAUGUCCUCACUGCCAAGUAGAAGUGACUCUGAGGCCUCCGAGCAGGGUUUCUCCUGCGAUAGUCCUGCCAGGCGCAGGCUCAGCCCCAGGCCCCCGCCUCACGAAGCACAAGUCCUUGUCCCCCCCCCCCCCCCAUCACCGCCAAGCAACUAGAUGUCUCUGUUUCCCUGCCCUUGACCCCGCAGGAACCACCUGCUGUGGGUUGACUUCUGUCUCCCUGGCACAGCCGGGCACUGCCAGUCACCUGUGCCUCCGCUUCUGUCAACAGAUGUCUUGGCUCCCCAGCGUGGGCACCCACCAUCACUGCCGCGUGUGGCCCCUCCCCCUCCAUACCUCCUGCCCCCCCCCCCCCCACACUACUGUGGGAACACCUGUCUCCUGUCAAGUUCGCUGCACCUUCUGUCCCUGUGGUACAACUGUCUUUGUAAACUGGGAGCAGCCUCUUCCCUGCCCCAGUGGUGUCCCCCUUGAGGCCAAGGGAUGGUUGGCACGUCCCUAUUUAAUGUGCCAGCCUGGAUCCCCCAGGUGGGGGGCAAGCGGCUGAAUCCUUAGGUGGCCAUUUUUUUCUUUCUUUCCUCCCUUCCUUGUUUAUUCUUAUUUAUUCAAUCAUGUAAUAAUUGUAUUUAUUCA